UCUCGUGACAUUCCUUCCUUCUUCAUCACUUGUCUGGCUUCGUCUCUCUCUACGCUCUCCGGCCCAGGCUUCGGUGGCUUCGAAACGUGAAUUCGCGGAAUGUUUCUUUGAAUCAAUAACAACUAAAUUUGCCAACAGGGAGUCGGAAUGGUUUUAGUUUUCUGCAAAAAAUUGGGUUGAAUUGCUCAAAUUUGCCGUAAAAUCUCUUCGGCCAUAUAUACUUCUGUAUUAGUAAAGCCUGCUCUACAUUCUAGAGAGAGAACCCAACUUUUAGAGAGAGAAACGUAUACAUUUAGCGAGAGGAACGUGCUCCAAAGCAGGACGCAAAGGGCGGCUGAGCAAUAAAGAAAUAGAAUCGAAACCCUAAGAAGCAAUCCCCAUAACAAGGUGUGCCAGUAACUGUUGAACAAUUUAUAGCCAAUGAGGUUUGUUAGUUCUAACUGACAAGGAGUUUGGAGUUCUUGAUGCUAUAGAACGAGUUGAGGAUUUUGUUUCUUUGGGGAGGCACAAUGGACCUAAAAGUUUCAUCUCUGAACACUAUGGGUCUUUCAUCUUCCUAUUGUGUCAGUGAUCCUGAGAAAGAAAUUAGCGAUGAUGACGACGAUGAUCGUAAUCAUAAGCAUCGCAGACGGGAGAUACAGUCCCAUUCUUUGGAGAGAGAGACUCCAGAACAAGUUCUAAUAAGGCCAUACAGAAAGAGAAACAGACCUUUUGAAUAUGGGCACUCUUAUAGGGAAAAUGAUUCUUGGUCAAGUGAAACUGGGAAAGGUUAUAAUAUGACCCCUUUAGUGAAAGAUCCAUCCGUGAAGUUUGAAAGACGACACCUUGGAUUAUCCACAUUUCCCCGCCCUCCAAUCAGGUUUAAUCAGUUUGCUGAGGUUGGUCUUGGUAGGGGUAGAGGAAGGGAAUCUGGUUCGUGGAACCAACGUGAUCAGAGGUUCAGCUCUGUUGAUAUAUCUUCUCAAUUUGUUCCACAUGGAUCUGUUGCUUCAAGUCUGUUUGCAGGGAGGGGGUUGCAAUAUGUUUCAAACUCACAGAGCACUUCCUGGGGUGCGUUUGGAUUGAUUCCAGGGAUACCAAAUGGUGGUGUGGAUACAAUUCAUCCCCUUGGUUUGCAAGGAACACUAGGACCAUCGAUUACUCCUCCACUAAAUAUAGGUUUUCCACGCCAACAAUGUAGAGACUUUGAGGAGCGUGGCUUUUGCCUAAGAGGAGACAUGUGUCCAAUGGAGCAUGGUGUGAAUUGGAUUGUUGUUGAAGAUGUUCAGAGCCUUUCGCAGUUCAAUCUCCCAGUCUCACUUCCAAGUGCACAUGUGCUGGGGGGACCCUCUGCUUUACCUUCUGUUGCUGCUUCUUCUAGCACAUUGAUAAAUAGCAAGAGGCUAAAUAGCAAAAGUAGGAAGACUGGAAUGGGUGAGACUGCUGUUUUCACUGACUCACUUGGGGCAAGUGGAACUGAUUUUUAUGAUCCUGAUCAGCCUCUGUGGACUAAUGAUUGUCCAGAAACUUCUAAUGGACUCCGAAGACUAAAUGGAUCUAAGCCUGAUGAAACUGAGACUUUCUUGGAUGCUGACUCUGCUGACCAUCAUCAUGUCAGAUUGUUUGAUGGAUCUGACACUGAAUGCCUGGUGAGGACCACUGAAACUGCUGUUGGAUCUAAAAUAACAACUUCAUCCAUGGGGGGAAGAAUUGGUACAAACAAUAAAUCAGAAGUGAAGGAGAAAAUUGAUUCUGCCAUAAUGUCCUCAAACUUCAGUGAGAAAGAAGCAAACAAAGAUCAAGAAGCACCAGCCAAUCUUCAUGGAGCUGCCCUCCAAGGGAAGCAGGUUGUUACAGAAGAUGUUGGCCCGAAAGCAGUUGAUUUAUCUUUAAAGACACGAGGUGAAACUGGAUCUAAUACCCGGAAACCUUCUCAGAAGGCACUAAGAACUCUAUUUAUAAAUGGCAUUCCCCAGAAAGAGAACAAAAGAGAAGCCCUUCUUUCACAUUUUCAGAAAUUUGGAGACGUUAUUGAUAUUUAUAUUCCAUUGAAUAGUGAGCGAGCUUUUGUUCAGUUCUCAAAGAGGGAAGAGGCUGAGGCUGCUCUGAAGGCGCCUGAUGCUAUAAUGGGUAACAGAUUUAUCAAGCUAUGGUGGGCUAAUAGGGACACCAUACCUGAUGAUGGAAUGGGUACUGUUAAUAGUUUAUCAGUAACUGGCCAUGGGUUGUCAACUGUCUCAGUUCCAAACCGAUUUUCUGUUGCUUAUAGAGGAAAGGAUAAUCUCCAAAUUGUAGCUUCAAAAAAUAGUGUUCCAAGCACUUCUGUUGCUGUUGUUCCUGUCUCUGAUUACCGCAAGCCUGUAGCGACCAACAGUCUAGAGGCCCCACCUCCGUCGCAAAAGAAACUGGAGAGUUUAGAGAUUCUGAAGGAGGAACUUCGAAAGAAGCAGGAAUUGCUCGAUCAGAAACGCAGUGACUUCCAGCGUCAGUUGCAUAAAUUUGAGAAACAAACUUCAAGUGUCAAAGGUGAAGUACCAUCUGAGCAGGCUGCUAAGAGACAACAACUAGAAGCAGUAGUCGAUGUUGCAAAACCUGCAAGACCCAGAUCUGCUGAUUCUUGUCCUGUUAUUACAUCAUCGCUAGCAGAAGUGAAUCAAAUGAUAGCUGAGAAGAAUAAAUCUUUGGGGAAUGUGAUGCAGCAAAGUUUCAAACAAAGUAUGAUUGCAACAUUUCGGGAGCCUUCAAUCUUGAAGUAUUCAGUUCGUCCUUUGGCACCUGCAGGGGCACCUUUUGUCAUGAAUAGAUUCAAGUUGGACAACCGUCCCAUGGCAUUUAAAAUUGUCCCGCCUUUGCCAGACGGCCUAGCAAAUGUUGCUGCUCUGAAGGAACACUUCUCAGCUUAUGGUGAACUAUUAGCCGUAGAGCUAGAAGAUGUAGAGCCUAGCAAUGCAGAGGCAUCCAAAAAUUGUUCAGCACAAUUAUCUUUCACAACACGUCGUUCAGCUGAGAAGGCAUUUACAAAUGGCAGAAGCUGGCAAGGGCACCAUUUGCAGUUCAUUUGGAUGGCUUCGAAUAACUCUAGAAAUGUCAAUGGUGUUAGAGACAAUCCUCCAUCUGCUUCUAUGGUCCCUUCAGAUUCUAACCUUAAGCCUGCAGAAAUCACACCUGCUGAUUUAUAUGUUGCUGUCUCGGGAAUUGGGGAAUCUGAAAAUUUAGAAAGAAAACAGAGUGGUGAGGAGCAUAUGGAACAGGAUGAAGGUAUGCAAUCUGAUUCACCGGAGAUUUCAUGCAAGAAACAGUCCCCUAAAGGGGAUGGUUGUUGAGGAUAGCCUAAUUUUCAUAUUGUACAGUGAGGUAAAUUUUUGAUAAAUUUAAAAUUGUAGUUGUCUUGGCAAUUUCUAAAUUCUAGUUUACAAUUUUUCUUAUCUUCUGCUUGAGUCAUGUAAAGAAGGAAUUCUGAUUUUCAAGUGUCAACUCUGCACAAAGGGUUGGACAGUCUUCAAUUAUGUCUUUCUCUAAAUAGUUAGGUAUGUUUAGAAGGGAGGAUUGAAGUUGAAAAAACACUCUCAAAAUAAACUGAAAUGUUACAGGUCUUCUUUUCUUUGAACA